AUGGCCCGCAUAUUAUUGACCGAUGAUGCCGAUCCAAUGAAAACACCACGGCUUCUCACAGAUGCCUUUUCAUCUCAGAGUUAUUUGAAGCCAUCGCUCGCCACGUAUUCUGCGAUGGGGAAGGUCGCGGAUCCAUUUUUUCGCGAUGCUUCCCUUGGCAUCCUCUGGGAAGAACUGGAUAGUAUCGUCCCAUUGUUCUGCUUGCUGCCUCGACAUGUCGUAUCUAAACAUCUAGCUCUGGACACCGAAGAGUUUACGGGUUGGCAAUGGGCCUUUAGCAAGCCCAGCUCUGACAUGCGUCGUAUAAUGUAUUACAACAAAUUUAUCAAGCAUUUCCAUUGGAAAGGAAGUAGUGAAAUUGCCAUAGAACCUCUUCGAUGUUUCUUUGCAGCUUCCUCAGCUUGCACCCUCUUCCCUCGUAUUAGGUCCUUCCACUGGCACGGUUGGGGCUUCCGUAUGAUAAGGUCGCCCUCAAGUUUUGUCAAUUCUCUUCUCGAAGAUCUGCGCAUUUCGGCGGACAAAGAGGAUUCUUUUGCCAUCAGCUGUGUUCUGAACUCGGUACGGAUGUUCUGUGACAACCUCCGUGUCUUCCACUUGGUUCCUCGCGGCUGCGAACACACACAGAAACGCCCACACCAAGGCGAAUGGCGAUCUCCUUACACUGGGCUUGUCGAGGAUCAGGUUUGCGCCUUGGUUUGUCAAACAAAUCUCGUCGAAUUUCGAUCGACAUGUGCUUUAUCGGUGGAGGGCAUCGUCGCGUUAGCACGAAUGCCAAAUCUUCAGAGAGUAGAGCUCCGCCUGCCGGAAGACAGCCGUGAUCAACGCGAGGUUGUCCGCCAGUUUCCUCAAUUACCUUUCAUAUCGGUGAAAGAAUUUCGUGUACACACAAAUUUUCUUGCAGGGCCGACACUGGACUUCCUAGGUAGCGCACUGAUCAGUGGCACUCUAUCCCUGUUUGCUAUCUGGGUUUUUUAUCCGCCUAGUGAGAAAGAAACGAAGAUACUCUGCAAGACGCUCCGCGGUCAGUGGAGGCCCCGAAGAUGUCUCCAUCGAAUCUAUUGCUAUCUCGGUCACCAGUCAUUCUUUCAACCACCGGACCCUCCUCAGCUUCCGGUCUGGUACGUCAACUUGGAAGUGAUACAGCCCUUGCUUGCGCUGCCAAUAACGGACAUAGUGAUCUACGCAGCACACGUCAAGUUCGUCACCCGGCAGCAUAACGAAAUAGAGUCCUGCACAGAGAUGGCGAAGGCGUGGCCGCACUUGAAUACCGUUUGGAUGAUGCCCAAAGAUUCGGAUGACAUGACGCCCCUCUCGGCUAUGGUACCGUUCGUGGAACAUUGUCGUGAGCUCGAAAACAUUGGCUUUUGUGUCGCACCGUCUCCGAUACCUGUGGUCCCUGAUGAAUGGACAUCCUCUUCUCGCGUCUCUACACAUGCUUUCUUCUCUAGUUUGUCGGCAACUGAUGAGGAGAGUGAUCACAUCAACGACUUCAUUGCGAUUCUUUUCCCUAUCUGGGGCGCAGAACGCGCCAGACUGAACGAAGAGCUCGCCGAAGGCCCUGACGCGCAGGAGCUGCGGCGGGGAGAGGAAGAUGCCGAAGAUGAGAAUGAUGGCAUGGAUGAAAGCAAUGGCGAGCAAGACGUGCUUGUAGGCGACGAUGGCAAUGGCACGAGUCGCAGCGAAACUCGCGGAAAAGUUAAUCUGCUUACAUGCAGCUGGAAAACAUUGCUUAAGAAGCUUUCCAAGGUCCGUGCUCCGUGGUGA